CGGGCGGAGACAGUCUGGUGGAGGGGCAGAACAGAGGUAGCAGUCACCUUCCCGGUCCAAGUCGCGACCGUUCAGUGAGGAGUACAAGCGGAUCCCUCCUCCCAAGCCAAAGAGGAACCCUAACACGCAGCUGAGUACCUCCUUCGAUGAAUCCUACAUCCAGAAUCCCGGCAAUAGGAAGUCCUCUAGGAGGGUAAAGUCCUCGUCGCAGAUCCAGAGCCCAGCCCCGGACACGGAGGACGAAGACGAGCCUGUUUACAUCGAGAUGGUGGGUAACAAUCAGAGGGACCUGAAGCAACGCCACCUGGAGGACGAGGACCAGAGUGAGUCGGUCUAUGAGGAAAUGAAGUACCCCAUGUUUGAUGACCUGCUCCAGGACACUAAGUGGGAACAGAUGGGGGUGUGUUCCACCCCUACAAUCCUGGACAUGGAGCAUGGUCGUUCCUCCUCCUCCCACUCCACCCCCCGGGGGUCCCUCUGUGAUAUCCCUGCCCCCUUCCCCAACCUGCUCACCCACCGGCCGCCCUUGCUGGUCUUCCCACCAGCCCCUGCCCUGUGCUCGCCCAACUCGGAUGAGUCGCCCCUCACCCCGCUGGACAUAACCAAACUGCCCAUGCUGGAGAACGUUGCCACUGGCUACACCAACAAGCCCGGGGAGGGUGCCUCACCCACGACCCCAGAGGCUCCUCCCCCAUCCACCCACCACCGCAAGGGGGAGAGAGAGAGAGACAGGGAACGAGAACGAGAGAAGGAUAGAGAGAGGGGAGAACAGGAUCUCCAAUUCACCCACACUAUCACUAUAUCUGGUCGCUCCUCCGCCCCUCCCCGGCCCUCCACUCUCUACAAGGCAUCGGCGUCGGCCGGUGGGCACCCUCGAAGCCACUCCGCGUGUCCCUCACCCGUCAGCAUGGGCCGCUCGCUCACACCGCUCAGCCUCAAGCGCCCACCACCUUACGACGCCCUGAAGAUAGGGGGCAGCAUGCCCCGAUCCACCUCCUCCGUGGCGCACGCCUCCAAGAGCUCAGGUGAUGGAGGUCAUGAAGGGGGAGGUAAACUGAGUAACUCUUCUCCGGCCCACAGCUCCAUGCAGAAUGUGUCGCAUUCCCAUACCCCCACAAGCCCUCUGGAUGAACUCACCAACCUGUUUACCAGUGGCAGGAAUAUGCUAAAGGAGGGAUCGGGAGGGAGGAAGUUCAAGGAGACCGCUGAAUGUGAGGCCAAGACCAGGAGCCACAGUACAGAACCUCUGUCUAGGCACGAGUGCAAAGCUCAUCACGGAGGCAGCCGGGAGUCUCCCAUGUCCCAGGAGUGGGAUGGGCCCUCUGGAAAUUCAUCCACCCCCACCGCCACGCCCAGCCGCCUGGGACGCUCUUCUGUCAGUCCCACCAUGAUGCUGGGGAGCGGGGGCACAGAAUCCAAAACGGUGUGUAAACUGGGCCGGUCAGCCUCUACAUUGGGGGUUCCUUCCCCGGGCGGGACGCCCCAGCACCAGGCUUCCGAGCCCCCACCGGGCUAUAGUCAGAUGAUCCCUCCCAUGCCGUGGGCUUGUGGAGACAACACCAUGAUGGAGAUGAUUGAGAAGAAGCGCAGCCUGUGUCGGGAGAUCAAGGCCCGCCAGGGGCCAGCAGACAACAGCCUGUGUAAGCAGGACAGCAUGCCCAUCUUGCACAGCUGGAGGAAGAGCAGCAACAGGACCAAGAAGUAUGAGGGCCCUCCCCCUUACUCCACACAGACCACCGUCUUCUGGGACACAGCUAUCUGACAGGGUGAUCCACCCUGUCCUGGGCCUUGUUCAUUAGGCUCCAAACGGAAGUAAACAGACUGAAACAGGACUUGACCAGUAAGUCCAGGACUACCUGGACUUGACCAGUAAGAAACCCUCAUUUUGGUUUUCCAUUGCAAAACAUUUUAAAACGUUUCAAUUGCGUGUCCUAAUGAACACAACCCUGUCCUCAGACUCUCAUACUCCUCCCCCUUCCUUUCACAAGCCAGAGAUGGGCAUUGAGCUGGUGGCCAAUCAGAGGACAGGAAGACCUGGGGUCCCCCCCACCUCCCUGUUGUAGCAAUUCAAAGACCUGGUAUAUCUCCCUGGUUUUGUAUUGCUAAUUUAUAUUUAAUAUUUU